CUUACACAAACGAUUACGAAAUUUUCUUUCAUUAUAAUGAUUUUAAUUUAUAGUUUAUACAUUUUUGUGAUAAUCGUUAAGGUGUCCAAUUCAAUCAACCAAAAUUAUGCUGUGAUUCCUUAUGAUUAUUGCUUUGAAGAUCUCAAAUAUUUUGACGGCUGUAAUUGUUACGAAAGAUAUUUGUCUAUUCAUCUAUUCGAUUCGCAGCUAUUGGACCCACAAGAUAUUUUUUUAUCAUCAUACAGGGGGAGUGGAAAGGAUAAACACAUCCCCAGUAGAGAUCCAUAUUAUUAUUUUUUACCAUUCUCUUUACAUUGGGUUGACAUCAGCGUCUUUCAACGAAUUAGUGAACUCGAUGGAUUUAAAAAGAUGUAUAUGAAAUAUUCAUUAACUGCCCACUCAAAUGAGCUACGGUAUAUUAGCAUUGAUCCUAAAUAUUGGCAUAAGAGACCGAAAUUCUAUAGAUUGAAUAUAAAUAUUACAAGUGCGUGUGCUCUCCACAAUUUAAGAAGUUUUUAUUUCAACAUUGUUGAAGACUAUAACCCCGAGGCGAAAGUAAAACAAGUCGAGAAGAAUCGUACCCAGUGUACACAUAAUAUACCAGCUACACCAAAAGAGAUGAAGAAGCCAAAACUGGAUAUAAAAGAUAUAGUGACGUUUGACAAAGUAAUAGAAAAAAAAACCGAUGAUGAUUUUACAGUUGCGCCGAAGUUUUACGAUUUAACAGAUAAUGAACUUAACACCCUAAAAAAAAUCACGAAUUGUAAGUAAUGUUUAGGUACUCACAUUGUAAUUGUAUCUUAUAAUUAAUAAUAUCCGUUAUCAAACUAAAUUGAUAUCCAAUGCUAAAAACAUUAUUAUCAUGAUUAUGUUGCAACCGAAAAAUAAUAAGUAAAUAUUUUUAUUAACGAUUAAUGCAUACCU